UGGCAAUACUGCUAGAAAGGAUUGACAGUGCUCCUCCUUCCAUGAAAAAAUAAAUAUUCCUCUAUUUUGAGUGAUUCCUCACGUAGGAAGUCGCAAUCGCACUACAGAGUCCUUCCUGGUGGACAUACAAUGGAAAUGAAUGGGUUGGUGUGUCGGGUUUGCAUGCGGACGAAUGAGAAACAGACGAAAUUCACACCUCAUCUCAUCGAUAUGAUCGAGUUUUGCACCUCCAUCGAUAUUGUGGUACACGAAAAACUGCCCAGUAACAUCUGUGACCAGUGCGAAGCGGAUCUGUAUGUGGCUUAUCGCUUCCGGAAGACGUGCGAGCAGUCGAAUGAGAAGUUCUGGGAAAUGCUCUCGACGGCAGAGGACGACAAGGGAUCAUCCGCUGAAGGGGGCGACACUCAAGAGGACUUCGUCAAGGACGAGGAGAUUCUGGGGAACACAGAUGAAAAAAUCCCAAUUGUGGAGGUGGUCACAGAGCUCACGACAUCGUCCAGGAAGCGAGGCAGACCUCGAAAAGGCCCCACGGCGGGCGAGUUGGGCGCCAAGAAGAACAUGAAGCUGUUCUCGUGUCCGGAAUGCGGACGAACAUUCUCCAAGCAGAUGCUGCUGGCCAGACACCAGACCAGUCAUCGCGUGAAUGCGAAGGAGAAGAAGACUGGCAAGAAGUCCCGCAUUCGGAAGGUGGCCGCCAAGCAGGAGGACGGCGAGCGUCCGUGCAAGUUCUGCAAGGAGACGUUCUCGGGCCGCAAGGCGCUCAAUGACCACAUGAACGAGCUGCACGUGAACGAGAGGCCGUACUUGUGCAGCGAAUGCGGACUACGCUUCGUGCGGAACGACUAUCUGGUGAUUCACCUGCGGCGCCACAAGGGCGAGAAACCCUACACUUGCCGCUACUGCGGCAAGGGCUUCCCACGCGCCACGGAUCUCACGGUGCACGAGCGCUAUCACACGGGCGAGAAGAGUCACCUGUGUACCGUGUGCGGCAAGGGCUUUCACCGGGCCUACAAUCUGCUCGUGCACACGCGCGUGCACACGGGCGAGAAGCCCUAUCAGUGCCCGCACUGCGACAAGAGCUUCGCUCAGGGCAACGACCUGAAGGCACACGUGAGACGCCACACGGGCGAGCGUUUCAAGUGCGACUUGUGCAAUGAGGGCUUUAUCCAGGGCUACCAUCUGACGCAGCACAAGCGCCAGGCACACGGAGUCAUCGUCACGUCGCACAUCCGGCGAGUAGAGAAGUUUCUUGCCAAUCCAGACGGCGAGGCGCUCCAGGAGGAUUCUGGGGAGGCUAUGAAGGAAGAGGAGAUUUGGGAGCAAGUAAUGUAGAGGAGGGGAGUAUUACCUCAAUAAAACACUAGAACAACGA